AUGAGCGACGACGAAGCCGACACCAUUGUGGUCGCAAUGGCAGCCCCAAACGGCCCGCUUGGCGACUCGUUCGAGGUCGAUGUUGCCGCUGGCUCCGUGCGUCCAAACUCACCUGCCAAACUCCCGCGCAAGAGGAGGACACCUGCCGCCCGCCGCACCCCACUCGUCCCCGCGCCUUCUGUCAGGCCCAAACGCAACACCACCAGGAAUUCCCGCAGCGGAAGCAGCGUUGACAGCGCGCCCUACUCGCACUCACCCUCACCCUCAGUCGCAUCCACCAACUCGGCCGCCAGCACCGCCACCAGCAGCCCUAUCAACCGUAACAGCAGCAUCGCCAAUGCCGCCGCCAUUGCAGCUGCCCAGAACACGCGCCUUGUCCGCAUGAAGAAGCAGUUGUGCACCCAGUGGGGCAUCCAAGUCACCGACCUCAACGUCACCUUCAACAGCACCAACGUCGCCAAUGGCCCACCAUCGCCAUCGCCGUUGUCGGCAGAACCGUCCGUGGAGCAGCUUGCUCGCAUGGCCGAGCUUACCGACGCGAGCUUUACCCAAGCCAUGGUUGCGUUGAAGAGGGCCAAGGUGCAGAGGCUGACAGGAGGUUCUGAGGCUCCUUCUGGAGCGGGGGAAGGCCGUGGUGAUUCGGACGACGAAAUGGUAAGCUGGAUACCAGAUGAUGUGGAUCGGGCGACGGAUUUGAUCAUGGCCGAGGCCAAGGCAGGGGCGGGAGACUCAGUGUCGAAGAAGAGAACCGCGAUUCAGGCUGGGGCGCACGAGGAACGACCAAGGCCAGCCCCAGCCGAAAGGGAAAUGGAGGUCGGUAUUCAGAAGCGUGCUGGUGCCCAAAAGGGCCGGCCGCCGCCCGUGGAAGUGCGUAAUGAGUUGGCUGGAAACAGACCCCAAGGUCUGCCCACCCCAACCGAUGAGAUGGAUACACGCUCAGAAAGGGCGUCCGUGCCGCGUGCCAGCUCUAUUGAAGCCAUGAGUGAGGCCCGGCAUGAUGCACCACAGGUAAAGCCUAUUCCGUCGAUGCAGCCUCAGUCUCAGCUGCAGCCAGCGGUGGUGAUCGGUCCGGCGCUGGAACCGGCGACGACUCCAUCACAAGCACCGUCGGAAACACCUUGCCUUCAGCCCCACGCAAAAGUAGUGACUGGGCCGGUACUGGUUCAGUCGUCUCUACCACCGGCGCAGACGACGCGUCCUCAACCUCAGGCCCAGGGACACGUACUGAAUGGCUCACCGCAAGAACAGCCGACCCCAUCACAGAUAGAACCAACACUAUCUGAGUCUCAUCUUCAGCCCCAUCGUCAAACGGAAGAAACGAAAGGAGUGGUGCCAGUUCAAUUGACACCAUUACAAGGCCAGGCAUCUCAACUAAAAACGAGUAAUGAAACAAUACAGACACAAUCAACUCUAUCACAAACACACAAGACAAAGCGCCAGAAUCAGUCUGACCCUAGCACCGGCUUGGUAGCUGAAGCGGCGCAAUCCCACUCAGUCCCGUCGCAGGUACAGCCCGCACAGUCCCAUUCUCAGUCUGGGCGUGGCACAGAGGAGACGACACCUGCAGCGCGAACCGACGCAGCUACAUCACGCCCAAAUCCCCAGACCGAAUCGGUGAGCGAAACGACCCGUCCCAAGUCGACCCCAUCGCAGACGCCGUCCCAACCACCGCCAGUAGAGCAAAUCACACUAUCGCAGGCGCUGCGUGAAGCCGAGCCUCCCUGUGGGGUCGGUGUGCGACAAACACCAGAGCCAUGGAGCACGCGAAAACGAAAGGAACUAUCCACUCUAACUCAUCCCUACAUAGCGCAGACUAGUGUGUUUCCAGUCCGUCCCUCGACAGCCAGUCCUACGCUGCCACGGCCACAGGCGCUGCCACAGCCUGCAUCAAACAGCACGGCGCCCAACAGUCCUAUAUCUGGCGGCGCUGUGACGAGCCGUCGCAUGUCAUAUGACCCAGUUUGGAUUGGCAUAGUGCCGAACGGAGUGGCAUCAAGCAGCACUGGCUCCAGUGGUUACGAGCCGAACUCCCCGAAGACGAAUUGUCAAAGGGCAAAUGCGCCGCAAAUGAGUGUUCCAAUGCCAAAUUCUGCCAUGCCUACUGCUCCAAUGUCGAUAGUGAACACUACGAUGAUGAAUGCCGGGGCGCCCAGCCUUGGAGCAUCGAAUUCUCUAGUACAAAAGAGCCCAGUUUCAAACGCUUCAGCAUGUAACGCCAAUCUACAGAGCGCAGCAAUCAACGGCACUGCGUCUGGUAACAUACCCAAUGACACAACCUCCGGUGAGUUCAACGACUCAGCACAGCGACCGGUGGGUCUUGUAGAAGCAGGCGGACAAAACGCCGGCUCGUAUCAACACAAGGGAGAAGCCACGCACGCUCAAUCCCUGGCUGGAACUCAUUUGGAGGCAUUGGGACGUCUUGAGAAUGAUCAAACUCUGCCACCCCCUGUCUUCGACUAUAUACUGCAAUGCUUUUCUAGCUUAAGUGCCUCACAUGUAACAGUCUCACCAGUCACCACAAUAGCGAGAACAUCCUCGCGGUCUUCCUUCAUGCUGUUGCAAUACAGCACCAUUAUGGUACCUUUCUACAUGGAGAACAGCUGGACGCUUGCGUCUCUCAACCUUGAAUCAAAAGCAAUGACUAUAUGCGGCCCACAAACGGAACAUACCAGGACAGAGUCGGCUGCCAUCAGCUUCUUCGCCACCUCACUUGACGACACCGACCACAAAACCUGGAAAAAAACGUACAUUUCCUUGGGCCCACCACCCAACUACUGGGACCAGCCAAUCGUCUGCCUUGUCGCCGCCAUCCACAUGUUUUGCGGCCUAAACCUCCUCGACCAGAACCCCGACCCGACCGUCUGGCGCAACGUCCUCGUCAUCCUCCUCAAAGGCCUCACCCCCGGCUCUCCCUCGAUUCCACGACCCACACACAAGCACGACAGCGACCCGUUCGCCGCAAAAGAUCAAGACGUCGACCCAGCAAAGUUCGCCGUGCCCCCUCCCCCCUGCCCCCUCUACAUCAAAAACUACCUCGCCCACAUCAACAAGGCGCUCGCCGCCUUCCGCGUCCGCUACCACGAUCGCCUCACCGAAGCUCGAGGCCUCGCCUCCCACGGUGCCCACGCCAGGACUUUGUUCUCGCGCCUGCUCGAGCCCGCCUUCCUCGCCGAGCAGAACCGCGCGUACGAGACGCGGCUGGCCGAGAUGCGGGGGCUCGUGGAUCAGACGGAGGACAUGAUGGAGACGUUGUCGAGGUUGAAGGCGCCGUGUUCGAUGGGGGAAUUGAAGGACUGCGUGGAGGGAGCGAAAAGGGUGGAGACGGCGGAUGCGGCGAGGAUGGAGCGGUUGGAGUGGGUGACGGGGAAGAGGGACUGGGUGGGUGGGAUGGUGGGCGAUGUUGCUGAUGAGGCGGAGGGGAGGGCGAAGAAGUUGGAGGAGUCGUGGGGGGACUUGUGGGGGACUUUGGACGGGGAGUUUGGGAGGUUGGGGGCGCUGCUUGGGCCACAUCGGAGUGGUGCUGGUGGCAGCGGUGGUGGUGGUGGUGAGAAGGAAUGA